AUGGCCUGUUUCCUUCCAGGGUGGCCGUUUGGGAGCCUGGUUUGCAAGAUGAGCGGGAUGGUCCAAGGAAUCUCCGUGUCUGCCUCCGUCUUCACGCUAGUUGCCAUUGCCGUGGAUAGGUUUCGCUGCAUCGUUUACCCGUUUAAGCAGAAGCUCACCGUUUCGACUGCGCUCGUCAUUAUAGCGGUCAUCUGGUUUCUGGCCGUCGCGAUCAUGUGUCCCUCCGCGGUGAUGCUGCGGGUACAAGAAGAGAAGCAUUUCAGGGUGAUCCUUGGCUACGGGAACGAAACCCGCCCCGUAUACUGGUGCCGGGAGGACUGGCCCGACCCGGGAAUGAGGAGGAUCUAUACGACGGUUCUGUUUGCCAACAUCUAUCUGGCUCCCCUGUCGCUCAUUGUCAUCAUGUAUGCUCGGGUGAGCAUUGCUCUCUUCAACACAGCCGUGCCCGCGGCGGGGAAGCACAGCCGGGAGCAGCGGCACGGCGCGUCUAAGAAGAAGCAAAAAGUCGUCAAAAUGCUCAUUAUCGUGGCUUUGCUUUUCACCCUGUCCUGGCUUCCCUUGUGGACCCUGAUGAUGCUCUCGGACUACGCCAACCUGUCGGAUCUCCAGCUGCAGAUCAUCAACAUUUACAUCUACCCCUUUGCUCACUGGCUGGCCUUUUUCAACAGCAGCGUCAACCCCAUCAUCUACGGUUUCUUUAACGAAAACUUUCGCCGAGGCUUUCGGGCAGCCUUUAAACUUCAGCUCUGCUUCAGGGAGAUCGUGCGGAGGGAGGUCUCUUCUCAGCAAGGCCAAAGCAACGCCAUUUCGCCAGCCGCCAACUCCCGGCCGCGCCAGGAUCGAGCUGCUCGAAACGAAGGGAAGGCAGUUAAGAAAGGAAAUUGGGUGAAUAACCAGCAGGAUUUGAUAAUGGAGGAUCUAGAAGAGCCCCGCGGUGACGGGAUUAAGUGA